CCUCUCGCUUUCCUCCGGCCCGCGAGACCCCCCCUUCCUCCUCGCGGCGCUUCUUCGCGCCGCCGUCUUCUCUCUCCACCCCUGACAACGCGGGGCUCCCCCCCUCCGCCAACGGCGGGUCCCCAGCGUCGCGAUCCCUCUCACUUCCCGCUCUCCAGCGGGAGCCUAGCCCCGGCCCCUCUUUCCCUUUAAUUCCCCUUCCGGACGCUGCCAUCAUGUUGAAGCCUCAGCCGCCACAACAGACCUCCCAGCCCCAGCAGCCGCCCCCCACGCAACAGGCCGUGGCCCGCCGGCCUACCGGUGGGAGCAGUCCUCCCAACGGCGGCCUCCCGGGGCCGCUGGCCACCAACGCGGCCACCCCGGGGCCUCCUGCGUCCGCCUCCCCGUGUCUGGGGCCUGCGUCCGCCUCCGGGAGCGGACUCCGCCGGGCAGCCGAAGGCAUCUUGACGCCGCCGCCGCAGCACCAGGAGAGGCCCGGGGCGGCCGCGGUCGGCAGCACCAGGGGCCAGAGCACAGGAAAAGGACCCCCUCAGUCACCUGUGUUUGAAGGUGUGUAUAACAACUCCAGAAUGCUCCAUUUCCUGACAGCUGUGGUGGGUUCGACUUGUGAUGUAAAGGUGAAAAAUGGAACCACCUAUGAAGGCAUUUUCAAGACUCUCAGCUCAAAGUUUGAACUGGCAGUAGACGCUGUACACCGGAAAGCAUCAGAGCCAGCAGGUGGCCCUCGUCGGGAAGAUAUUGUGGACACUAUGGUGUUUAAACCAAGUGAUGUUAUGCUUGUCCACUUCCGAAAUGUUGACUUCAAUUAUGCUACUAAAGACAAGUUCACAGAUUCAGCCAUUGCCAUGAACUCGAAGGUGAAUGGAGAGCACAAAGAAAAGGUGCUUCAGCGCUGGGAGGGCGGUGACAGCAACAGUGAUGACUACGAUCUUGAGUCUGACAUGUCCAAUGGAUGGGACCCCAAUGAAAUGUUCAAGUUCAAUGAAGAGAACUAUGGUGUGAAGACCACCUAUGAUAGCAGUCUGUCGUCUUAUACGGUUCCCUUAGAGAAGGACAACUCAGAAGAGUUCCGGCAGCGGGAGUUGCGUGCUGCUCAGUUGGCUCGAGAGAUUGAGUCGAGCCCCCAGUAUCGCCUACGGAUUGCCAUGGAGAACGAUGACGGGCGCACUGAGGAGGAGAAGCACAGUGCAGUUCAGCGGCAGGGGUCAGGGCGGGAAAGCCCCAGCUUAACAUCCAGGGAGGGGAAAUAUAUCCCUUUGCCUCAACGAGUUCGGGAAGGUCCUCGGGGAGGAGUUCGGUGCAGCAGUUCUCGGGGUGGCCGGCCUGGUCUUAGCUCUUUGCCGCCUCGUGGCCCUCACCAUCUGGACAACAGUAGCCCUGGCCCAGGGUCUGAAGCUCGUGGUAUCAAUGGAGGUCCUUCCCGCAUGUCCCCCAAGGCACAACGGCCCCUGAGAGGUGCCAAGACUUUGUCUUCACCCAACAGUAGGCCUUCUGGAGAAGCAUCUGUUCCACCUUCUGCAGCUCUUCCUUUCCUUCCAGUGGGCCGGAUGUACCCUCCACGUUCUCCCAAGUCUGCGGCCCCUGCCCCAGUCUCAGCUUCCUGUCCUGAGCCUCCAAUCGGCUCUGCAGUGGCAUCCUCUGCAUCCUCCAUCCCUGUGACAUCAUCAGUCAUGGAUCCUGGAGCAGGCUCUAUUUCCCCAGCUUCUCCAAAGAUCUCCCUGGCCCCCACAGAUGUAAAAGAACUUACAACCAAGGAGCCUGGUAGGACACUGGAGCCCCAGGAACUGGCCCGGAUAGCUGGAAAAGUCCCUGGCCUUCAGAAUGAACAGAAACGAUUUCAGCUUGAAGAACUGAGGAAGUUUGGGGCCCAGUUUAAGCUUCAGCCUAGUAGCUCCUCUGAGACCAGCCUGGAUCCCUUUCCUCCUCGAAUCUUAAAGGAGGAGGCCAAAGGAAAGGAGAAAGAGGUGGAUGGUAUAUUGACUUCAGAGUCCAUGGGGUCCCCAGUCUCCUCCAAGACAGAAUCAGUAUCGGAUAAGGAAGACAAACCAUCCUUGACAGCAAUAGGAGGCACUGAGGGGCCAGAGCAGCCCCCACCACCUUGCCCUAGCCAAACUGGCAGCCCCCCAGUGGGCCUUAUCAAGGGAGAUGACAAAGAUGAGAGCCCUGUUGCUGAACAAGUAAAGAAGUCAACGUUGAACCCCAAUGCCAAGGAAUUCAAUCCCACAAAGCCUCUGCUGUCUGUGAACAAAUCCACUAGUACUCCAACUUCACCAGGGCCUCGUACUCAUUCAACUCCUUCCAUCCCGGUGCUGACAGCAGGCCAGAGUGGGCUUUAUAGCCCCCAAUACAUCUCCUAUAUACCUCAGAUCCACAUGGGACCAGCUGUGCAGGCACCUCAGAUGUAUCCAUAUCCUGUAUCCAAUUCAGUGCCUGGGCAGCAGGGCAAGUACCGAGGUGCAAAAGGCUCCCUCCCCCCGCAGCGCUCUGACCAGCACCAACCAGCCUCGGCCCCUCCGAUGAUGCAGGCUGCAGCUGCUGCAGCCGCAGCUGCUGCUGCUGGUCCUCCCCUGGUUGCUGCUACACCAUAUUCUUCCUAUAUCCCCUACAACCCGCAGCAGUUCCCAGGGCAGCCUGCCAUGAUGCAGCCUAUGGCCCACUACCCUUCACAGCCGGUGUUUGCCCCUAUGCUUCAGAGUAACCCCCGUAUGCUGACCUCUGGUAGCCACCCACAGGCCAUUGUGUCCUCCUCUACUCCUCAGUACCCUUCUGCAGAGCAGCCCACCCCUCAAGCCCUCUAUGCCACUGUUCACCAGUCCUAUCCACACCAUGCCACACAGCUCCAUGGCCACCAGCCACAGCCGGCCACAACGCCUACUGGGAGCCAGCCGCAGUCCCAACAUGCGGCCCCCAGUCCCGUCCAGCACCAGGCGGGACAGGCUCCACACCUGGGUAGUGGUCAGCCACAGCAGAACCUGUACCAUCCAGGGGCCCUGACAGGCACACCGCCCUCUCUACCACCGGGACCUUCUGCCCAGUCCCCUCAAAGCAGCUUUCCCCAACCAGCUGCUGUGUAUGCCAUUCAUCCCCACCAGCAGCUGCCCCACGGCUUCACAAACAUGGCCCAUGUUACCCAGGCCCAUGUCCAAACUGGAGUCACAGCAGCCCCGCCCCCACACCCUGGGGCUCCCCACCCGCCCCAGGUGAUGCUGCUGCACCCCCCCCAGGGCCAUGGGGGCCCCCCCCAAGGCGCGGUGCCCCCGAGUGGGGUACCUGCACUCUCAGCUUCCACACCCUCACCCUACCCCUACAUCGGACACCCCCAAGGUGAGCAGCCUGGACAGGCGCCUGGAUUUCCAGGAGGAGCCGAUGACAGGAUUCUAUGUAGGGUGGGCAGAAGCCACAGUCGCCGCCGCCAGGGGCUUGCUCCUGGCUCUGUCCUUUGCUUCCCUCCGUCCUCGCUCAGUUGUGAUCCAGCAGCCCCCCUCCCCACUGCCUCCCCAGCUCUCAGUGACCCCGACUGUCUCCUGACUUAGCCGAGUUCAAUCUCAUCCCUCCCAGCAGCUCCCCUUCCACCCCCCGGGGAACUGAAGAUUGUCCUGGCCGCGACCUGAGACUUCCAUGAGUGGCGGGAAGAGGGAUCUAUGUCUCUUCCCCCAGCAGCUCGGACCAGUCCCAGCCCCCCACCCCAACCCCCUUUCCCUGGGGGAGCUGGGGAAUUCCUGCCAAGCACCUUGAUUGGGUGGGGUCUAGAACUGGGCAGGGCCAGGGUCCAGCGGGGGUGGGGGUGGGGUUCCUGCUCUGCCCCUGCGGGGUCCCACCCAAUCUUGCCCUCCCAUCCUCAUCUAUUCCCCCGCUGGAGAUGGAAGAUCUUUUAUUUUCUAUUAUUUAUAACCUCAGACUUGGGCCCCCUGUUCUUUCUUCCCCAUUAACUUGAGUGUCCUGCGUGAGAGACAGACAGAUGAUGCCUCAAGGACUUUUACUUUUUAUUACAUAAAAAUAUGAAAAAUAAAUAAAAAAAAUAAAAUUUUAAACUAACUUAAA